UCCUUGGACCACCCUGCAUAAGUAUUUAUAGAAGAAAAAAGAAAAACGAAAUACAUGAUUUUGUUGAUACAUUUGUCUCGCAAAUACAUAUUUGUCAGAAGUUGUGUUAAACUUUUUAAUGAAAAUCAACAAAUACGAGUUCCCCGACACCUUUCACGUAACACACGAAGCGCAAUACCUCUGCAAUGAUGAGCUUCAAUGCUAGUAAUCAAACUUCGCCACGAUUCAAGCGCCACGAACAUUUUGCCAUGGAUGUCGCUAAACGAGUUUGCACCACCCUUAUUACAUUGCCGCAGGAUCAACGUUGUUCCUAUAUUGAAACUUCCGCCUCCUGUCAAGCGAAUGUUUACUUCAUUAACUACGCGCAUAUCAUUUUUUGUAUGCUGGAAGUAUCCACAACAAUCGGAGCCGUAUUUGCAUCGCUCGCACUGCUCAUGGUUGUGGCGCUUGGCUUCACUAUAUUAGGUGUCACAGCAGAUAUAUUGUAAGUUUAUAAUGAAGAAGUUUUUGUUUUUUUUUUUUUGUUUUGUUAUUCAAUUAGCAGUCAUUCAACGAAAUA